AUGGCAGCCGCCGCAGAAGCCAUCGCCUUGCGCCUGGCCCGGCAGGAGGAGGAGAUCCGCUGGUUAACAGCCGAGAUCGGCCGCCUGAAGGAGCAGGAGCCGGAGCCGGAGCGCGGCCCGGGAAGCAGCAGCCCGGAGCUGCACAGGCUGAGGGCGGAGAACGAGAAGCUGCGCUACCGGCUCCUGCACCUUCGGCGCAGCCUGACAGCUGAGCUGGGCCGCGGGGAGCAGCGGCGGCCGGGCCCCGCAGGAGCCAGCAAGAAUACCUCCAAUGCAGGCCUGACUGCCCAAAAUAAGAAGAAAAAGGAGAAGAAAAAAGAAAACGAAGUUGUGAAUGGGCUUAGGAAUGAGCUGCAGUGUGAGCCAAGCUUCAUAGACGACAGGCUGAAGCAUUAUGAAACACUGAAAAAAGAGCAUGAUGCCUUGCUUGCUUACAGAGCAGCCAACCAGAGCAAGCCUAUAAAAGUGAUUCUGACUGAUGGUAAAGUCAUUGAAGGGGAAUCUUGGCAAACGACACCAUAUCAGUUGGCUGCAGGAAUUAGUCGAGGACUGGCUGAUAAUGCAGUAAUAGCCACAGUGAAUGGUGAAUUGUGGGAUCUGGAUCGUCCAUUGGAGGGAGAUUGUUCACUGGAGCUGCUUACAUUUAAUAAUGAAGAAGCUCAGGCAGUUUACUGGCAUUCAAGUGCUCACAUCCUUGGAGAGGCCAUGGAAAGUUUUUAUGGAGGCUGUUUGUGCUAUGGGCCACCUAUUGAGAAUGGAUUUUAUUAUGAUAUGUACAUUGAAGACAGAGGUGUAUCUAGUACAGAAUUCCCUACAUUGGAGAACACGUGUAAAAAUAUCAUAAAAGAGAAGCAGCCUUUUGAAAGACUAGAAGUCAGUAAGGAGAUACUACUAGAUAUGUUUAAGUAUAAUAAGUUUAAAUGUCGUAUCCUGAAUGAGAAAGUUAACACGCCGACUACCACAGUGUACAGGUGUGGUCCAUUGAUUGAUCUCUGCAGGGGCCCACAUGUGAGACACACUGGAAAAAUUAAAGCCUUAAAGAUUUUUAAGAAUUCUUCUACAUAUUGGGAGGGAAAGGCUGACAUGGAAACAUUGCAGAGAAUCUAUGGAAUAUCCUUCCCUGAUAACAAAAUGAUGAAGGAAUGGGAAAAAUUCCAAGAGGAAGCCAGAAAUCGGGAUCAUAGGAAAAUUGGAAAAGAGCAAGAACUUUUCUUCUUCCAUGAUCUGAGUCCAGGAAACUGUUUUUUCCUCCCCAAAGGUGCCUUUCUUUAUAAUACACUCAUGGAUUUUAUACGAGAGGAAUAUCACAGGCGUAAUUUUACUGAAGUAGUAUCACCUAACAUCUACAACAGUAAACUCUGGGAAGCAUCAGGUCACUGGCAGCACUACAGUGAAAACAUGUUCUCAUUUGAUGUUGAGAAGGAAACAUUUGCCCUUAAGCCCAUGAACUGUCCAGGACAUUGCUUGAUGUUCGCUCAUCGCCCGCGCUCAUGGAGGGAAAUGCCUAUUAGACUUGCAGACUUUGGGGUUCUUCAUAGAAAUGAACUCUCGGGGACUUUGAGUGGUUUGACUCGAGUCAGGCGUUUCCAACAGGAUGAUGCACACAUCUUUUGCACAAUGGAACAGAUUGAGGAAGAAAUGAAAGGCUGUCUGAACUUUUUGAAGACAGUUUAUGCAGUGUUUGGUUUUACCUUUCAAUUGCAUCUUUCUACAAGACCUGAAAACUUCCUAGGAGAAGUAGAGAUCUGGGACCACGCAGAAAAGCAGUUACAAAACAGUUUGAAUGACUUUGGAGAGCCGUGGAAGUUGAAUCCAGGAGAUGGAGCAUUUUAUGGUCCUAAGAUUGAUAUUAAAAUCAAAGAUGCUAUUGGCAGGUACCAUCAGUGUGCUACCAUCCAACUUGACUUCCAGCUACCAAUCAGAUUUAACCUUACUUAUGUUGGUAAGGAUAGUGAUGAUAAGAAAAGGCCAGUGAUCAUUCAUAGAGCUAUUUUGGGCUCAGUGGAGAGAAUGAUAGCUAUUCUAGCAGAAAAUUAUGGAGGAAAAUGGCCUUUCUGGCUCUCUCCUCGCCAGGUCAUGGUUGUCCCUGUGGGGCCUACUUGUGAAAAAUAUGCUCAGCAGGUUUGCCGUGAAUUUUUUGAAGCAGGAUUUAUGGCUGAUGUUGAUCUAGAUCACAGCUGCACAUUAAACAAGAAAAUAAGAAAUGCACAGCUUUCACAGUAUAAUUUUAUUUUAGUGGUUGGAGAAAAGGAAAAAGCAAAUAAUGCUGUCAAUGUGCGAACAAGAGACAAUAAGGUUCAUGGAGAGAUUUUGAUAACGUCUGCCAUUGAAAAACUAAAGAAACUGAAGAAAUCACAUGCUUUAUAUGCAGAGGAAGAAUUCUGA